AUGCCUUGGAUAUUGGGAAAAUAUUAUAUUUUCCUUGACAAAAUUUUGCCUAUCGACCAACACCUUUAUGUUUUUUUUCAGGAUGGAGUCUACGUCUUCGAUUUGGUUGUCGAGCGAAAGCUCACCAUGACUUCACGUGAUACCGAUCCAUGGAAGCAUGGCACCCCAAUAGAUUACGCUCCAAGCUCGGCUUCAUGGUCUAGACGAGAACCUGAUCAACUGAAGGACUGUUUCCAAAAUUAUACACUAGAUUUACAAGCAAGUUCCAACGAUGCAGCAUAUCUUAGCGACGUUGUCGUUUUGGACGGAAAGCACAAACGGGUCCUAAUGAUCAACGGCAAAACACCUGGUGACCCGAUUGUUGUGCCAUACCUCUCAGAAGUACUUCUACGGGUUCGCAACAAUGUCCUGAUGGACUCCAUAUCACUUCAUGUUCAUGGCAUUGAUAAACAUGAUCUUUGGUACAUGGACGGAGUAUCGUUCAUUCAGCAGUGCCCAAUUCUCAGCACAAACUAUUUCGAAUACCGAUUCAUCGCCGACAACAAAGGAACUCAUUGGUAUCAUGGACACUUCCAGACGGAUCGUGGAGAAGGAUUACUGGGAGGCUUCGUUGUGGUGGACGAGAAUGACAGAUCGGUACCAACGAAUGUUGAAGGCAAGAGGGAAGUUCCCAAUCGGGAAUACUAUGUGAUGCUUCAGGACUGGGCGACAGAGACAGGCGAAGAAUCCUACAUGAGACUCAAGGAGAAGACAAUGAAAUGGAUGUAUGGUUUUGACGACUUUGAAAAAUGCUGGCAACCAACACGAACAGUGGACGGCGGUUGGCAAUGUUGGUGGAGCAGUUCCGAUCUCGGCAUUGCUGAUAAACGACAAAGGCUGGCACGUCAGGGACGAUAUUCUAACGAGACCGUGGGCUUUGCCAUUGGAAAGGUUUCAAAUCAACAAAGGUUCUCAGAUGAGCUAGUGCUGUUCCGAAUCACCAACGGGGGAGUAGCUCAAGAGCUGAUGUUGCAUGUCGAAGGCCAUCAGAUGUUAAUCGUUGCUGCCGAUGGCAAUGAGAUCGUCCCGCAGCCGAUCGAUCGACUAAUCGUUUUCCCUGGAGAACGAUAUGAUGUUCUCAUACGGGGACUGAAAAACCCGACCAAGAAGAGCUAUAUGAUGGUUAGUGGAGACGGUGCAAGUACUACUUCUUCGAUUGGUCUCGAAUCGCAACAGACUACCGUUCGCAUUAUUGAAUACCAAGGCGAACAAUAUCUCUGUAAGACAAGAACCUCGUGGGGGUUUCUUCUUCAGCCUACAGCCACUUUCGCACAAUCUCCUGAAUGCACUCCGACGAAAAGGUGUACGGUAUUGAAUUGUCCGUUCGAAUCCUAUCCGUCCAACUUCAACUUCACAUGUAUGUGCUACGACGAACUUCGCCAUCCGAAACCAUCUGAAAUCGACAAGGAAAUACUCAAGGAUACCCCUUUCACGGAAGGAUACGAGGAACACUUCAUCAAUAUGCACUACGACUCCCACGUAGAUGGGUACAAAUACGAGUUUCCGCUCGGAAUGCCCUUACUACAAUCAGGACGACAUGGAUCUGAUUUCCAAGCGAUCAGUACAUUUCAGGACUGCAAAAAAGUUAACUGUUCACGAAAUGCCAACAAAUACGACGACAACUGCAACUGCUUCUACCAUUUGAAACACAAGUUGAACAACAUCGUGCAGAUCACACUGUACAACAUGGGCACUGGUGGAGGAUUCACCACCGGAUAUGCUCAUCCAUUCCACAUUCACGGCACUCAUUUCCAUGUGAUGAAGGUCGGAUGGCCAUCGUACAAUUCGAGCGGUAUGAUAUCGACACUGAAUCCUGACAUUGAAUGUAACGGACCGACUGACAUAUGUGACGGAGCUGUUUGGCGAAACAAGUCCUGGAUGAAUGGUGCUGUUGAGGGCAUGAACACCGAAAAUCCUUCUCUUAGGGACACAAUCACAUUGCCCGUCGGCGGCUAUAUUGUCCUACGGUUUCGGGCUACAAAUCCGGGCUGGUGGUUCGCACAUUGUCAUCUUGAGCUUCACGCCAUGAGCGGAACGGCAUACGCCUUUCAGGUUGGAGAGCACGAGGACAUCGCCCCACCGCCGACGAACUUCCCACAUGACUGCGGUGCCUUCAGAAUGCCAGCACUGGUACCGCGAAAAAUCUCGGACAACAACUCCAGGCUACUGGUUUGCUCAUUGUCAGUUUGA